UACCCCUCACUUCACAUCAUCCACACACCCACCACUCUCUCUCUCUUCUUCAAUAAUUAAUUCCCUCCACCACCGUCUCCACCGCCAUCACCACCGUCGCCGCCGCAGCUCUGUCUUCUUCUCCGGCCACCGGCAGUACUCACAACAUGGCUAUUACUCUUAGCUUCGUUAUUGGUAUCAUUGGGAAUGUGAUUUCAAUUCUUGUUUUUACAUCUCCCAUAAAAACAUUCAUAGGAAUAGUGAAGAAGAAAUCAACAGAGAAUUACAAAGGGAUCCCAUAUGUGACAACACUGUUGAGCACAAGCUUGUGGACGUUUUAUGGGUUGAUGAAGCCAGGUGGGGUGCUUGUGGCCACUGUCAAUGGAGCUGGUGUGGCCUUUCAACUCUCUUAUGUCACUCUCUUUAUCAUCUAUGCUCCCAAACACAAAAAGGUGUCAACAAUGAAGUUGGUUGGGCUGUUCAAUGUUGUGUUCUGUGGAAGUGUAAUUGGAGUAACUCUUUUGGCCAUCCAUGGAAGUUUGAGGCUCACCUUUGUUGGAAUUCUCUGUGCUGCUUUAACCAUUGGCAUGUAUGCUUCUCCUCUAGCUGCCAUGAGAAAUGUGAUACGAACAAAGAGCGUUGAAUACAUGCCAUUUCUUCUCUCGUUCUUCCUCUUCCUAAAUGCCGGUGUUUGGUUUGCUUAUGCCCUCCUCGUCAAUGACAUCUACAUUCUGGUGCCAAAUGGAAUAGGAUUUGUAUUGGGGUCGGCCCAGCUGAUUCUGUACGCGAUCUACAGGAACAAGUCAAAGUCAGCAAAAUCAACGGAGGCGAUGGAGGAAGAUGGAUCGGCGCAUCUGGUGGAGAUGGGAAUGAACGGUGGUGAUGAUGAUCAGAAGAACAAAGGCAUAAUCAAAGGGCUGAGCUUGCCCAAGCCCACCAUAGAUAGGCAAUACAGUGUUCAGAAUAUAUUGAGAUCACUUUCUUAUGGUCCAUAUGAUUUCCACUCUAUGGGAGCCAUAGAAGAUGACGAUGACGUGGAAAAUGGGAAAAUAAAUCACCCUUGAAUCUCUUUUCCUUUCUUUUUUUCCUUUUAGUAUGUGUAAUGAAUAUAAUUACCAAACUUUGAUUUGUAUGGUCUGCUAAGAGUCGGUUUGGUAAUAGUUUUAAUCUAUAUUUUCUAGUUUUUGAAA